AAGUCGAUGUAAUGAAGAGGUGCCACUUGGCGGCCAUGGCAGCUGUAGUAUCCGUGGCUUUGGGUCAAGGCCCAGCGGAAUGGAGUAAUAUGGGCAGCAUGGGAUAUAGGGCAGAGACAGCUUUGUAUCAGCUUCGCUGCUGAACCCCUGAGCCCAUCGUUAGAGAGCUGCAGGACUCUUUCCUAUUUUAGACUCGGAGGAGAGUUUCCCGGGACUGGUGGGCUGGUCCCAGCCUAAGGGGGACUGCCCCAGGGACGUAGGGACACAGGGAGAAAGAACAAGUUUGCUUGGAUUUUCCUCCUUUUCCACCUGGGACGUUGUCUGUGGAGGGAGUGGACUGAUUUUUCCACCAUCCCGCGACUGAAGAAAUCUCCCACAUACCUUUAACUGCUAACCGUAGGGAAUCCAAUGACUGGCCUCUGAAAACGCAGGGGCUGGGACCUGAGAUUGCUGAAAGUUCACUCUGGUGCUAAGAUCAGCAAAAGGGGGCUAUUUCCAGGUGCGUUCCAGAGAAAGGGGUUUCGUGAACACAUCUGCUGGUGGGGAGGACGAAAGAACUGGCAAGUCCACUUGUUCUCUUGGAAUCACCACACGCGUUUAAGGACCUCCGGACCCUUUGAAGCCACUGAAAAUUUGUAGUCUGGUGGCUGUGGGUAAAUAAAGGAGGACAGAAUGGAUGAUUUCAUCUCCAUUAGUCUGCUGUCUCUGGCUAUGUUGGUGGGAUGUUACGUGGCUGGAAUCGUUCCCUUGGCUGUUAAUUUCUCUGAGGAGCGGCUAAAGCUGGUGACAGUUUUGGGAGCUGGCCUUCUCUGUGGAACUGCGCUGGCGGUCAUCGUGCCCGAAGGAGUACAUGCACUUUAUGAAGAUAUUCUUGCGGGUAAACACCACCAAGUGAGUGAAACACAGAAUGUGAUUGCAUCGGACAAAGCAGCAGAAAUACCAGUUGCCCAUGAACAUGAGCACAGCCAUGACCACACACAGCUGCACGCCUACAUUGGCGUUUCCCUUGUGCUGGGCUUCGUUUUCAUGUUGCUGGUAGACCAGAUUGGCAGCUCCCAUGUGCAUUCUACUGACGAUCCAGAAACAGCAAGGCCCAGCAAUUCCAAAAUCACCACCACCCUGGGUCUCGUUGUCCAUGCUGCAGCAGAUGGAGUGGCCUUAGGAGCAGCAGCCUCUACUUCACAGACUAGCGUCCAAUUAAUUGUGUUUGUGGCAAUAAUGCUACAUAAGGCACCAGCUGCUUUUGGGCUGGUUUCCUUCUUAAUGCAUGCUGGCCUAGAACGGAAUCGAAUCCGGAAACACUUACUUGUCUUUGCACUGGCGGCACCAGUUAUGUCCAUGGUGACAUACUUAGGACUAAGUAAGAGCAGUAAAGAAGCCCUUUCAGAGGUCAAUGCCACUGGAGUGGCCAUGCUUUUCUCUGCCGGGACAUUUCUUUAUGUUGCCACAGUACAUGUCCUCCCUGAGGUGGGCGGAAUGGGGCACAGCCACAAAUCCGACCCCACUGGCGGGAGGGGCCUCAGCCGCCUGGAGGUGGCCGCCCUGGUCCUGGGUUGCCUCAUCCCGCUCAUCCUGUCAGUAGGGCACCAGCAUUAAACGUCGGAUUCCGCCUCGGCUGUUUGCCGUCCUGGGAGGACAGCCAGCACGGGACAGCUGCUCACUCCCUCGGUCUCUUGUCUCACCUUGCCCAUCUCCACCCGUAUUCCUAGAGUCCAGAGGGAGGUGAGAUUAAAACCUGGAGCAAUGGAAAGCUUUUAGAGUAGAAACAACACGUUGCGACUGGACACAGACAUUCCGUUGUGUUGUUUUUUUAAAGGGCCCUUGGCAUUUUGAGUUUUGAUGUUACUCUUAACCCUAUUCUCAGGGAAGAUGGAAUUUCACUUUAAGGAAAAGUGGACAACUUCAUACUCACAGUGAAACAGUAAUUAUGAAAGUACAGUGUUCCAUAAUUAAGCUAAAUCUCUUUCUUGGUUUAGAGGCUCUGCCACUUACUUUGUCCAUUGAUUUUGAACAUGGUUGUCGCCGUGUGAGACCGGUGCUUUAGCAUCUCUGCCACAUACCUUGGGAAAGGUUAUAAUGCCCACUUCUUAGAUGCUAAAGAGAAUUGUAGUAUAUUUGGGGCAAGAGUCAGGAAAAUGACAGCAAGGCACAGGAAAAGCUGACUUUUUACUCGAGAGCUGUCCAUUGAAGAGAGGAUGUCUGGAGAGACUUAACAUCUCCUUUUGCACCUGCCUCUUUAAAGCGAGACUGCUGUCCCAUCCUGGAGCCACAGAGAUGAACUAGCAUUGAAGGAGGCAACGAGAAUUUCCUCUCAAGGUCUCCUUUGCAGAAUUCCUGCCUCCCGUGCAGAGGAGCCAAGUUCGGGUAGGUUCAGGCCCACUCAGGCCUUCCUUCCAGAACAGCCAGGUCCCAAAGUGUCUUUUGAAAUGAAAGGAUGUUAAUUUUAAGUGAAUUUGGAUAGUAACUGACAUCUUUGUCAUAAUCUUUUCAAAAGUAAGAUUACCAAGACCUAUGUUGUCUCUUUUUUUCUUUUUAUAUAUUUAAAUUAGCACACUAUCAGUCCCUAUGGCAAAAUACUUGGUGUCCGUUGGGGAGCGCUAGGUCAGCAUCACAUAAGCACCUGUAGCAGUGAAGAAAGUCGAGACGUAUGACAAGUGGGAAAUGUUCGCCUCUUGAUUUAAAGCUUAUUGAAAUCAUGUCUGUUGUCUCUUCAUCUUCUCCAUGCUUUUCUCCGGACUCCUCCCCCACGCCCCUCCUCCCUGUCUAUAAUUUGCUGCGUACUGCGGGUGGCCACGUUAGUUAUCUGUGUGAAUUGAAUUCUCAUCAGGACAACCACUUCUUGAACUGUGUUGAUGAAGAUAACAUUGUUUCUGUUCUUUAUUCCCUUCAAUGAAGUUACCUUUGUGUCAAAUGCAACUUCGUUAAGCCCUUAAAAUAUCACUUCUACGUAUAUGAGAUGACACAAUCACUAAUAUUCUGGUCAUUUAAACAGUUGAGAUAGUAAAAGUGUUUAACCAACUGGGAUGGUUUUUCCAUAUUUGCCAAAAUCCCUGUAAACUUUGUGUUAUCAACUAAGUGUAUAAUACUUUGUUAUUAAUUUAUUUUUGAUUUUCUGUUCCAUUUCAAAACACAUUAGAUAAAGAGGGAACCAAGGCUAUUUUCUUUAGGGCAGUGGGUUUAGGAGUUCGUAAGAUAUUUUAUAUGACGUACAUGCCAGCAUGCCUAUAAUUUCUUUAUUUCCUUCCUAGAUUUGUCACUGGGUCCGCAGCUAUGGAAAUAGAGCUUGUGAGCCCUCUGCUGGCCGUAGACCAAAGUAGCAUUCAUAGGAUAUGGUUUUGUAUAGUGGUUGGCAACCAUUGCAUAUGAUAUCAAAACCAACAGAAGGUACACUCUGGAAAGUCUGAGUGUCUUUCCUGAUAACAACUCUGACUUACAGGAGUCAUGGGGCUUCAUCUGGUCCUCUGAGAUGUCAUGGUUGCCUUGAUUCUCCCUGAAAAUUUACUUUGUUAAAUAAAUAGUACAUCUUAGUGUCUGGUUUGGUUUGGGUAGCAGCACUUUCUAUCAUCCUGUUGCGUGCAAUGAUGAGAAAUUCAUUCUGCCGGCCAAAGCCUCUUUGAGCAGUGCCUUGCCAUCAUUAAAAGUUUGGCUAGAAUAUAUUGCGGGGGUGGGGGGGCUUGAACUCUGGCAAGGACUGAACCAUCAAACCUCCAAAUUUGCCUUCCCCUGUGGACCUCACAUUAACAAGCACACCUUUUAAGGCCUUUCAGCCCUUGGGAGCUGUGGACUUUCCCAGAUUUUAAAGCUGCUGCCUCCGGAGCUACUCAUUUCUCUCCUGGUCAGCAGGCAGAAAUGGCCGUACUAACCUCAGAGGGCUCAAAGGCACCUCCAGGCAGCAGGGGACCGAGCAAUGUGGCAGAGGCCUUCUUCACAGGGGGAUGAACUUGCUCGUGCUGGGCGGUGUCCCAGACGGGGCCGCAGUGAUGGUCACUUACUGGCACAUUUCAGUUCUGUUUUCCUCUUGAGUUUACUGCCUCCUUCAAUGUAGAUGCCUUAAUGCGCUCACACAUUUGGAAACAUUGGCAGUCUCAGGUUGCUGCCGUGAUUACUGAUGGAAUGAAUUACCGGCUACCAAAGAGAUGCAGCUGAUGAUGACGGGCACGGCCCUCCUUCCUCGUAACUAGACUUGGUCUUCAUUGCAGUUUGUCCCCAUUUCCUCGGUAGGGGCAGAUUUCUUCCGAUUCCGAAUGCACUCUUAAAUGGCAAAUGAAGGUGGAAAAUGCUACUGGUCCAUUCCCCUCCCUUGUUUUCCAGCGGAUAGCAUAUCAGUCCCUACUUCCCCGAAGCAGCGCCCUUCCAGGGCUGGCUGCUUUCCUGUGCACGCUGCUGCCAGAUUUCUUUAGGCGAAGGCUCUGCACUGGAGCGUAGCGAAUUGGAAACAGGCUCUACAGAGCCUAUGUGUUCUCUCUUCCCCCAUCACCUUUUUAUCUCCCUAUUCAAAACAGUUGAGUCAGCCCGGUUUCCUAUAUUUUGAAUCGUUAGAGAAAGGACAGAGGUGGUCAUUUUGAGGGUUCAGUUCUUUGUAGAGAGGAGACGAUGAAAUUGUGUCUUUUACCAGCCUACUUGUAAGUGUCACUGCCUGGUUUUUCUCUUUUUCAAGGAUUAGAACUAGGAAAACACACCAGCAUUGGAGUGUUACGCCCCUCAAACCCAUGGUAGCUAGGUACUAAACAGGGGAGCUGUCUAGAACCAGAAAAUGUUCUUGCCUGCAGGUCCUCUGGGCCUCUUAAGAGAUGAGAAUAGUGAGACCAGAUUCUCCCAGACUGCUGCAAUGGAAGGUGAUCUACAAGAGAACCAUCCUUCCAUUAGAAAAGUUCUGCUCAAAACAGAAUGAUCCCAGGAGCACUGUUGAAGAUGCUAUGACAUUAAAACCAGUGAUGGAGCCCACCCCCUGCCUUGUACCUGAGACAUCUAGAUUCACCCCAGGAGACUUGAAGGAAAUUUAUGACUUGUAGGAAAGGACUAGACAACCAUUGGGAAUUCUCUAGAGAUGCUCAGCCGAACGGAAGGAAAUUGGCUUUGAUUUGUUUUCUGAUAGCAUCUUCUAUCAAGUUGGAAGUCUCAUGGGAUAAAACAGCAGUUCCCCUGGUUCAGUAGCCUGAACAGUGAUUUUUAAAUGUCCCUUUUUCUGGAUCCUUUGUAAACAUGAAAUCAUUCCAUGGAUGGCUGCCUUAUAAUUUUGUCUCUCCACGUUAAUUGUGAAUGGUUAAAAUAAUUUUUUUUUGCUGUUUUCUGAUUUGUUUUAUGAUAUUAAAUUUUUAUUAGUGGA